GGCAGAGGCGUACUUUCAUGUAUUGUUAUUAUCUGGUCAUGUUUAUGGCCAGAGCAAUGUACUUUAUCGCCAGGGGAAAAGCCAAUUAACUUUUGGGCAGAGGGCGUGUUUUUCGGUCUACGUAGAAAGUGGAAGUUCAGAGGCCAGAGUUCGAAUCGGAAGUGUUGAGCGAGAGUGAGCGGAAAGUAGCAAGCUACAAUUUGCUAACUGGUGCUAACUCGUUCGUCUUGGCUAUUCUCGUAGCUUUCAGUUCGCAUAUGUCCUAUGAUUUCUGUCUGAUUGGUUAGCUAUCAUCACUGAUCGAAAAUGCAGGAAUUAAUCUCUUCAGUGGAUCAUAUAAAAUUUGAUCUGGAGAUUGCUGUGGAACAGCAGUUAGGAGCCCAGCCUCUGCCAUUCCCUGGAAUGGACAAAUCAGGAGCGGCGGUGUGUGAGUUCUUUCUGAAAGCUACGUGCUUAAAAGGUACGUGUUUAAAAGGAGGGAUGUGUCCCUUCCGUCACAUCAGUGGAGAGAAAACUGUGGUGUGCAAACACUGGCUGAGGGGACUCUGCAAGAAGGGGGACCAGUGCGAGUUUCUGCAUGAGUACGACAUGACCAAGAUGCCCGAAUGCUAUUUCUACUCCAAAUUCGGAGAGUGCAGUAACAAAGAAUGCCCGUUCUUACACAUUGACCCAGAGUCGAAGAUCAAAGAUUGUCCAUGGUAUGACAGAGGAUUCUGUAAACACGGUCCUGACUGCCGGCACAGGCACACGCGGAGGGUCAUCUGCGUCAACUACCUGGUCGGCUUCUGUCCGGAAGGCCGCUCUUGUAAAUUCAUGCACCCACGCUUUGAGCUUCCUCUGGGUGCAACAGAACAACCGCCUCUGCCGCAGCAGCCACAGGCUCAAAAGAACAUCCAGCCCUUGAACAGGUCUUCAUUAUCGCUCAUCCAGCUAACCAGCCCCAACAUGAACUCCAACCACCAGAGGCCACAGCAUACCUUCGGGGCAAUGCACUCCCACAAUAACAUGGGCAACAGAGGGCCCCGUCCACUGGACCAAGUCACCUGCUAUAAGUGUGGCGAGAAGGGACACUACGCCAACAAAUGUACAAAGGGACACCUGGCUUUCCUGAGCGGGCAGUAGCACCCGUCGACUCACCGGACAAGCUUUCGCCCCCCCUCCCCCCUCCCCCCCCGAGCGACCCGGGGACCGGGACCCCCAUGAGCAGCGCUGGCGAAACGUCUGGGUGUGCCGGCCCCCAGUCCAGUAAGCAUUGAAAACGGAAAUGGCGGCGGAAGUCCGAGGAUUUGGUGAUUCUCGUUGCUGCGGAACGGUGAAACAGCCCCCUGGGCGAAGGUGCGAACAGAAACCGCUCGCAGCCAAUGAGUGAAUUUGUAACUAUUUUGGGUUCCGGAACCCUGAACCAUUUCAGGAUCUUUUUUUAUUGUAAUUUUUUUUUUUUGUCUGUGAUGAAAGAAGUAAUUGUAUCGUCAUCUCAAGCUACCGGCUGUUCUUUGUCUCUCCGCUAUUGCAGGGUUAUAACUUGCAUAAGACAACGUUUUCAAGUACAGGACACAUUUUGUUGGCAGCUCUAGUGCUUUCCAGCAAUGAAGUACUAUUACAGUCAAUUUGUAUCUUGUAAUUUCAAAAAUAAAAACUAGCAAAUUUAA